AAAUCAUGUGUAAUGGUUUAUAAGCAACGUGGCUUUUGAAGUGGUGUUGAACACAACAUAAACAUCUGAUUUGUUGUCAUUUUAGUCUGUAUUAUAUGCCCUUUCUCAGGAUGAUAAACUUUAACCCUUCCAUGUUGAAUAACAAUUGCCAAUCCUCAUUCUUUUAGUUGACCAAUACUAAGAAGAUUGUUUCUAAUUCUGACGCAAAGUAUACUUCACGAACAACAUGUGUAAUACCACUUAGUGUCAGCUUGAUGCUGCCUUUUCCUAACACAACCAUAAAUAUCUUAUUUCUGAGUUUCACAUCAUGCCUGAUAUCAUCGUUUGGAUCGAAAAACAAAUUCUUAUCACCACACACACAUGUGGUUGCUAUAUCCAGAAUCUAGGUACCAGACAUCUACCCUGCGAGCAUUAUUCAUUUCCACAUAUGAGAUUUACAACACUGCCUCUUCUUCUAUUCAGCAUGUUAGCUUCCUUGUCCCAACCUGAACACUCAUAUUGAAAGUGCCCAAGUUUGUGACACUUGGCACUCCAUGGCUUCUUUGUUGUAGAACUGGCGAGCUUUACCUCUUCCCCUAUCUCUGUAAGCACUUCGACACCGUCCUAAUUUGAGUGCGUGUUCUUCUCCUGUAUGAUGUUGAAACUUCUGCCCAUGAACAAUAAGAUAGCUCUGCAGUUCAUCAAUGGAGAGUCAAUGUUGUUAAGACUCCUCAAUAGAGCAAACUGCAUAGUUAAACUUUUUACUCAAAUAUCUGACUAGGAUGACUUCUCUAAACUCAAACAAAAACCUAAACUUUCUCUUCAAAGAUGAGGGCACUUGCCAUUAUUGAUGUUAAUUUUCUACCCUCGAUCUGUUUCUAAACAUUUUUUAGGUUCUCUCACUUCUUUCUUAACAGAAAUCUUAAAAUGUUUAAACAUGAUCAAUGCCUCAGAUUUUUCUUCCAAAAAAUAACUCCAUCCAUUUCUAGUAAAAAUAAUCAAUGAAGCAUAUAUUAGUACCUCUUUUUGCUGUUGGAGAUGGUAGAUAUUGGUCCAUGAAGAUCUGCAUGAGUAAGUUGGAGCUUCUCCGUGGCCCUCCAAUUGCUUUCUCUGGUAUUGGAUCUUGGUGUUGCUUCCCAACUAUGCAGUGAGUACAUACUGUUGACGAAUUCUUAAACUGAGUUAGAUGGAAGAUCAGAGCCAUAAUGUGUACUCACUGGAUGAAGCAUUAUCUGCAAUUGGGUUUGGGAACUUCCAGGGUUUGGUGCUUGCUUAUGCUGGCCUUGGUUGGGUUGCAGAAGCAAUGGAAAUGAUGAUUCUCUCUUUCAUAGGGAGAGAAGUUCAGGUUGAGUGGGGGUUGUCAUCUAGCGAAGAGAGCUUGAUAUCAACAGUGGUUUUCGCUGGCAUGCUGGUUGGUGCAUACUCAUGGGGUUUGGUAUCAGAUAUGUAUGGAAGGAAAAAGGGGUUUCUUGGUGCAGCUAUAUUAACCGGUGGAGCUGGGUUAUUAAGUGCUUUCUCACCAAACUAUAUAUCUUUGGUGGUGCUUCGUUUUUUGGUUGGUAUUGGUCUUGGAUGUGGGCAUGUGUUUACAUCAUGGUUUCUAGAGUUUGUUCCUACUCCAAAAAGAGGGAGAUGGAUGAUUAUUUUCUCAAGUUUCUGGACUGUUGGAACAAUUUUUGAAGCCGCACUUGCAUGGAUUGUCUUGCCAAGGUUUGGUUGGAGGUGGCUCCUUGUACUUUCUUCUCUACCAUCUUUUGUUCUGCUUAUCUUCAAUGGUGUUAUACCAGAAUCUCCAAGGUACCUAUGUAUGAAGAGUAGAACAACUGAAGCAUACGACAUCCUUCAGAAAGGAGCUCAUUUAAAUCAACAAGAACUUCCUUCUGGCAUGCUUGUUUCUCAUAGCACUAGUGAGCUGAAUGAGGAGUUUGCUUCAUCUGAAGAUGCAUAUUUGCUCUCGGCAAGAAGGAAGACCCUAGCAUCUGAAUCAAGAACCUCAUCUGUGGCUGUAAUUUUUUCACCAAAGUUGAUCAGAACAACGCUUCUACUGUGGUUAUUAUACUUUGGAAAUACAUUCUCAUACUAUGGCAUCAUAUUGCUGACCUCUGAGCUGAGUGGUGGGAAAAGUGAUUGUAGCACAACUUCUUUGAAUUUAAAAAACACGAAGGAUGCCAGCCUUUACUUGGAUGUAUUUGUUACGAGUUUGGCUGAACUUCCUGGGCUUGUAUUGUCAGCAUUUAUCGUGGACAGAGUGGGGCGCAAAUUUUCGAUGCUAAUUAUGUUCAUUUUAGGUUUCAUUCUGCUGUUGCCACUGGUCACUCGUCAGAAUGAAGUUUUGACCACGUUAUUGUUAUUUGGUGCUCGGAUGUUCAUUUCAGCAACCUUCAUAGUAGCGUGUAUAUAUGCCCCUGAGGUGUAUCCAACUAAUGUGAGAUCGACUGGUGUUGGUAUUACGACUGCCAUUGGAAGAAUUGGUGGGAUGGUAUGCCCUCUUGUAGCUGUUGGACUAGCUGGUGGCUGCAACCAAACGGUUGCAGUUGUAGUGUUUGAAACUAUGAUAGUUCUUUCUGGACUAAGUGUUGUACUUUUUCCAUUUGAAACUCAAGGGAAAGAGUUGGCUGAUCAUGUACACGCGUCUGCUUGAAUUUAGGAGUAAGUUAUGAAGAGAUCAUGUUGCUAAUACUAUAGGUACAGAUGCAUAUUCUUGAUUUAUAUGCAUAAAUUUCUUUAUACUGUAGAUUAUUACCCUGGACAAUGAUAUUUCAUUGUCCGGUAGAUCAGUAAACCUUGGUUGUGUAAUACAAUAAAAGUGUAAGAGGCCUUUGGAAACAUUCAUUCCAUUUUAAAUGAUGGAUUUCAAAUGA